ACAGUCGGCCGCUGACCCGCGCUCCAUUCUGCUUUAUUCAGUGGUGGUGUUCCUUUGUGACAAUACUUGACAUUAUCCUUUUUUUAAUUUAUUAUAUAUUAUUUAUAAUAAAUUAUUAACAAUUAAAUUAUCAAUUCAUUAUUGUUGGCUCAAACAAAUAAUUAUUACAAUUGUUCAAAGAUUUGACAGCGGUGUUUAUUACAAUUUGUUUAUCAAAAAUAUCAUUAUAAUAAUUAUUGUUUGAUAAAAAAAAAAACGUGUUUGUAUCCUGUAUAUAUUUACUCCAUAUGUAUGUAAAUAUUUUAUGGGGGUUUUAUGGAUUCUUACAGACCCAUGGUGUUUAUAGUUUUUUGUUUUUUUUUUUGAGUGUUUUUUUUUUUUUUGUAUUUUCAUUUUGAAGUGAUUGUUGUAUGAACAAGUGAACUGGUUAAAUUAUCAUUGACUGUUAUUUUUUUUUUAAGAUUAAAUUAUCAAGAUUAUAAUGCUAGAUACAUAGAUAUAUUUAUUUGGGAUUGUUAUUAUUAUUUUUUUGAUUUGUGGAGCUAUUGAGAGAGUGUAUUUUUCUCGUGGAGUUUUUUGUUUUUUGUAUAGUCAAUUUAUAUAUCCUGUGUAUAUAUAGAUUUUUAAAAUUGUGGCUUUUUUUUUUUUAUACUAUUUUUGUGUUGUGGUUGUUCAUCAUCAUCAUCAUCAUCGUCAUCGUCAUUGUAAGAUUUAUCUUUUGAAGAAUUGAGAUUUAAUCAAAGACACAAAAUUAUUUUUGAAUGAUUUAACGACAAAUUCAAAAGGAAAUUAUUAUUAUAUACACAAAAUAAAUGUCACAUGGAUAAUUUUAUUGUUCAUUGGUUUUAUUUAUUGAAUAUUGAUAAUUUUAUUACAAAAUGUUGUCAGUGUAUUGUGCAUUGAGAUAUUGUUGUAAAGUUAAAAAAAAAAAUUAAAUAAUUAAUUUUAAAUUAAGAAUUUAAUUUGAUUUUAUUAAAAAGAAAAAAUAAUAAAACAAAAAAAUAUUUAAAUAAACAUAUUGUUUAAUUAAAAGACAAAAAGUGAAGAGAUUUAAAAAAAAAAAAAAAAAUGUUGGGUGUUAGUCAGUUGGGUAAUCCACCAUCGAGUUUAAGACACUCUGCAAGUUUUUCAUGUCUUCAACGUCCAUCAAGUGAUACAUCAUCACCAGUUAUUGUUGGACAUCGUGCAAGAACUUCAACUUUACCACAACAACAAUUAAACAUACAGCUAUCAACAACAUCACAACAAAAUCAUAAAACAAGUGGUCCAAGUUCAUUGCAAAAUCAAAAAUUAACAUCAAAUUGUUAUUCAUUAUCAUCAACAACAACAGCUACCUCAUCUUCUUCAUCAUCAUCAUCCACAUCAACAUCAUCAUCGUCUUCCUCAAUAUCAUUUCCUCUUUCACAUCGACAAAAUCGUCAACAAAAUGAUCCAACAGACUCACUAACAGAUAGCAAAGAUUACGGUUUUGUUUCAUCACGUAAUUAUCAUCGUAAUAUUAAUUCAACAAAAGAUAGCUAUCAUCAAGAACAAUCUGAAAAAACAUAUCAAACAAAAUACAUUAAUGACAAUGAUUGUUUAUAUAGUAAAUCAACAAUAACUGAAGAGCCAGAUAAUCAAUCAAAGCUAUCACCAAAAGGACAUUUAUCUAAAGCUCAAAAUCCUAUAAAAGGUGCAUUGAUAUUAUUUACAGCAUCAACAUCAUCAUGGUGGAAAGCUAAACAACGUGAAGAGUUACCAUCAACAAUGCUAUCAACUUCUUGUAGCUCUGAUGUUAAUAAAAAAUGGACAAGUAAUACUGUUGGCAAUUUAAAUAGUUGUAUAACAACAGCAUCAAUAACAUUAGCCACAGCCACAACAACAACAACCACCAGCACAAGUACAACAACAACUGCAACAAUUAAAAAUUCACUACCUUUGUCUGAACGUAAAUGGUCUUGUAAUACAUCAACAAUAAAUUUACCAGAAAAUACAAAAAUGUUAACAUCAUCAUCAUCAUCACCAACAUCAAAUUAUCAAGAUAGAAAAUGGCGAUCAUUAGGUACACUAUUAAAAACAAAUGAUAAUCAAACACAUACAUCAUCAAUAAAUAAUACAAAAAAAUUAUUAUUUAAUCAAAAUGAUAAUGGUGUACGUAAAUGUUCAACGACAAUUGAUGUUACACCAACAAAAAUAUUAAAAUAUCCACAACCAGUAACAUCAUAUUCAGCAAGAGUAUUACGUACAAAUAGAGAUACAUAUAGUGAUAUAAAAAAUGAUAAUGAACAAGUUAAAAAACCAGUAAAUAAUAAAGUAUCAAGACGUCUUUAUCAAGCACAAAGUUUUUAUUUAUUAGAUGAUUUUUUAAAACCUGAACCUCAAUCACCAAAAAAUAUAUAUAAUCAAAAUUUAACAACAACAACAACAACAACAACAUCAACAACGUCAUCAGAUAAUAAUGUAAUAUCAUCAAGGCGUCAUAAUUCAAGUUCAGAUAGUCUUGAAGUUGCAACAAGUCCAUUACCACCACCUGUACCACCACCACCACCAUUAGAAAUGGUUUAUGUUACAAAUGAAUUUAGUGAUAUUAAUAAUCCAAGUAAGGAGAAAAUUGGUGAUGUUAAUUCAAGAGAUAAAGAUGCUAAUUGUCCAUGUAGAAUGUGUUGGAUAAAUACACAUCAUCAUAAUAAUAAUAGUAGUAAUCAUCAUCAUCAUCACCAUCAUCAUCAUCAGUCAUCUAUUGAUAAGGUGAGCAGAAGAUCAAAAGAACGUGGAUCAAUUCAUCAAGAUAAAGGAAGGAGUCCUGGAAAUUUACACAAGGAUAUUGGCAAUGGAGGUGUCAGUAGUGGAGGAGGAGGAGGAGGAUGUGGAGGUAUUGGAACAACAACAACAACAAAAAUUAGUGGCAAACCAAUUGGUGGUGUUGGAUCAGCAACCCUCACUGCAUUAUCGUCCAUAAAUAAUGCAACAACAAAUGGCAAUCGUAGCAAAAAUAAUCAUAUACAACACGAGAAACUACCGACACUUGGCAGUGGCAAGACAUCAAGAGACACAACUGACAACAACAAUGCAACAAAUGGAACAUCAAAUAAUCACAAUACACCACUUCAUGAUUCAUCAAAUUCAUUUUUGCAUGUUGAUGCAUAUGGUCGUAGAUUACCAAUGACACCACAAGAAGCAACAAAAUAUUAUGGUUCACGUUUAACGGAAUAUGAAAGAACGGAAAUUGAAAAAUAUUCUGAAAUAUGGUAUUUAGGUUUAUCAGCAUGUAAAAUACAUGGUGAAGAUGGAUCAGAAAAUAGUGGUUAUGAUGAUGAUACAGGAAGUUAUCAUAAAAUACCUCAUGAUCAUAUUUCAUAUAGAUAUGAGAUACUUGAGGUUAUUGGUAAAGGAAGUUUUGGACAAGUUAUUAGAGCACUUGAUCAUAAAACUGGACAACAUAUUGCCAUUAAAAUAAUAAGAAAUAAAAAAAGAUUUCAUCAUCAGGCACUUAUUGAAGUUAGAAUACUUGAUCAUUUAAGAAAAAAAGAUCUUGAAGCUGAUUCACAACAUAAUGUCAUACAUAUGCUUGAAUAUUUUUAUUUUAGAAAUCAUUUGUGCAUAAGUUUCGAAUUGAUGAGCUUUAAUUUAUAUGAACUUAUAAAGAAAAAUAAUUAUCAAGGCUUUAGUCUAAGUUUGAUACGUCGUCUAGCAAAUUCUUUGAUAAAUUGUUUACGAUUAUUACAUCGUGAAAAAAUUAUUCAUUGUGAUUUAAAGCCUGAAAAUAUAUUAUUAAAACAAAGAGGUAGCAGUGCAAUUAAAGUAAUUGAUUUUGGCUCAUCUUGCUACAGUCAUCAAAGAGUUUAUACAUAUAUACAAUCAAGAUUUUAUAGAAGUCCUGAGGUUAUACUUGGAUUACCAUAUGGUACACCAAUUGAUAUGUGGAGUCUUGGUUGUAUAUUGGCUGAAUUAUAUACUGGUUAUCCAUUAUUUCCUGGUGAAAAUGAAAUUGAACAACUUGCAUGUAUCAUGGAAGUACUUGGACCACCACCAGAAAAUUUAAUAGCUCAUGCAACACGUAGAAGAUUAUUUUUUGAUUCAAAAGGUAAUCCACGUUCAAUAGUCAAUAGCAAAGGAAGAAAAAGAAGACCAGGAAAUAAAAAUGUGUCAAUUGCACUUUGUUGUAAUGACACAUUAUUUGUUGAUUUUGUCAGUAAAUGUUUAGAAUGGGAUAUUAAAAAACGAAUGACACCAGAUGAAGCAAUGCGUCAUGAAUGGUUAAAUAGUUCAUCAUCAUCAUCAUCGUCGUCUUCAUCUUCUUCAUCAUCAACAACCACUAGCACAACUACAACAACAACAGCCACAACAACGACAAACACAACAUCAUCACAUGGUUCAUCAAUGACAUCAUCAAUGUUAAAUAGUUCAGUAACAAGUGAUACAGCAAAUCGUUCAUCUCAUCAAUUAUCAAAUCAGUCAAAUCAUGCUCAAACAGUUACAGUUAAUGUACCAAGACAACGUGUAACAACAACAACAAUUGAAGAUCAACAACAACAAUACAGUCUUUAUCGUCUUUAUAGAGGACGUAAAUGUGUAUCAAAAAUACCACCAAUUGAUAAUGAUAAUGGAUCAAUGAUAUUAACUAAAAGUAAAUUAAAUGGUAGUGCAAGUAGUCAUGCUUUAAGUGGUUUACAAAAUGGUGGACAAACAUCUGGUGUAUCAUCAAGGCAUGCAUCAACUGGUGAUAUUGUUGCAAGUAUUGAUCCAAAUCUUGAUGAUUCAGGUACAUUUUUACCCCCAAUAUUGUGAAAUCAAUCAAUUAAUUAUUAAUAAUACUAGAUACUUUUUUUAAAGAAAAAAAAAAAACUAUGACAAGCUUUUUCACAUGUGAUAUCAUCAUCAUCUUUAUAAUAUAAUUAUCCUUAAUUUAAUUUUUUUUUCUUUUUUAUUAUUAUUAUUAUUAUUAUAAAUAAUCAUCAAUUGAAAAAUUAAAAAAUUAAAAUGUCAAAAUAAAAGGGUUCAUUGGUGCUAGAAAAUAAUGAGAAAAAAAAAUAAAAAAUGAUAAAAUCAAUCAAUCGGGACCACGAAUACCCUCAAAUUAUUAAUGCCUGUGAGUUCCGACAAUAAUUAUGAAAACAAAAGAUAAAAGAAAGAAAUAAACAGAUCAAAAUGAAAUUAAUAAUUAUUACAUUAAUAAUAAAAUUAAUAUAAGUAAUAAGAUUAAUAAUUAUUUUAAAAAUAUUAUGAUUUAUUAUUUUCUCAAUUAUCAUUUAUAUAUUAAAUAAUUAACUAGCAGCAAUGAGAGCAAGCAAUGAGACAACAGCAAUUAAUCAGGUUUAAUAAUAUUAAUAUUAUAGUUUGAUGAUGAAAUGAAAAAAAAUAAUUAUUUUUCAUUUAAAUUAAAAAUGUAUUUCUACAUAUAAUAAUUAUCAGAAUUUAUUAUAUAAAAUUAUUGAAUAAUUUUGCUGCCUAAUUAACAAGAAAAACUUGAUUAUUAUAAAAUAAUUAUUAUUGAGUUUAAACAAUUGACGUGUAAUAAUAAAAUUAUGACGAAAAAAAAAAAAAUUAUUAUAAUUAAAAUAACAUUGAAUAUCAUUGACAUUAAUAAAUAAAAAUAAAGACUGCUUGGAGAAAAAUAAAAUAAAAAAAAAGAAAAAAAAAGAAUGUCAUUUGUGAAAUUAAAAAUAAAUAAUAAUUGAUAAAUAUUAAUUAAAUAAUAGAGUAGAAUUAUAUAUCUUGGUAUUAAUGAUAAAUUUUGAAUUAUUUUUCUUCCAUCAUUGUCAUUGUAAUCUUCCGAAAAAUGUAUUGUAGAUUUUGAUGAAAAUGAAAUUAAUAUGAAGCUUAAGAUAAUUUAAAAAAAAAAAAAUAUAAAAUUUAAUUUUAAUGAAUAUGUAUACUAAUAGAUAAUUGCGCGGCCUGAGUAGUCUUAUUGUGAUAUGAAACUAGACACUGUCUUCAACUAGAUUCUUCAAUUAUAAAUUGACAUCGAAUUGUUCAUUUAUUAUUAUUAUUUCAUUUAAUCUUCCAUUAUAAGCCAAACGUUUUGCUUUUUCAUCAUCAUCAUUAUUAUAAAUGUGUUUACGUAAAUUCAAUGAUUCAAAAAACGAAUGUGUUAUUCGAUUGAGAUUGAUAGUGGCUAUAAAAAAAAUUGUAUCAUGUUAGUAUAAUUGUUUUUUGUUUGUUUGUU